GGCGCCCUGAUUUUACAUUUUUUUAAUGUGACUCCUAGGAAAUUUAAAAUUACUUACGAGGCUCCUUGAGGCUGACUUGAUAUUUUCUAUUGAACAAUGCUGAUCCAAAAGUUACAGAAGCCAGAACGAAAAAGAAACCCCACCAAAAACAAAAUAAAACAAAACCCUAUCUGCAACCCCAUCACCAAAAAGCAAAAACCUUUCUACAACCCCAAAAAUGUAGGGUUGGCCAAAUUGAUGUAAUCAGUGCUACCGAAGCCCAACUCAUUGUCAGUAGAAAUGAAAGUAUAGUAGAAAGUGUAUAAAGAUAACUGGUUCUCAGAUACCAUUUACAUACAGCAAUUAAUUCAAAGAUGGUAAGUGCUUCUCACCCAUUCUUAAGGCAGGCCCUCAAGGCCCCAAAAUGGGAAGGAAAUCACCAACCAGCAAGCAGCCCAGAGGAACCAAUGUGCACUGAGUACCUGCGCAAUUCUGAGAAAGACACAGGACAAGGAGGGGCCAAACCAGCCUUGGUGUUAUUCACACUUGAAAGGAAUAAGGAGGAAAAUGAGCCUGGGAAAAGUUAGUCCUUACUCACCCCUCACCCUCCUCCCAUCCCAGUCACACCGUCUCCUCCAAACUCCUCUUGAUUCCCAUGUGCAUGUAUUCCCCACCCCACACCUGCCCCCACUCCCACGACUGUGAGUGGGCAGUGAGCAAAGUUCUGGGUGCCACCUGGCUCCUUCCUCAACAGUUCUGGCAUCCAUCAGAUGUUCCUUCCUCCCCCAACCAACCUCGACUCCGUGGUAUGUGGUAUCAGUCAUUUCCAACACACAGGCCACCUCUCUGUUCCCCAAAGAUAACAGAGCGAGCAGGGGUGUUUGCUGGCUGGCAGACUUAUCUAAGAUCAACACUGGCAGAUCCUGUGUUCAGACGCCUCCAGGGUCAGGAUUAAGUGAAGGCUUCGAGACUCAGCAGGUGCCUGGUCACCAUAGUUGGCUUGGGGGGUUGGGGGGCAGGAUUUGUUUGGUUUCGCUUUGGGAGACUGGGCUCUGAAAAAUCUACAAGUUUCUCUGAGAACUCCCUAUUUCUCCACACCCUUGAGCCAAGAGGUCUAAGCUCAGGUGGCCAGCAAGGGUAAAGGUUUCCUGGUGACACCGUUGCAUUCUGCUGGGGCUAAAGGAGGAAUUCCAGCCCCCGCAGCAGGCUGGCAAGAUGGUUUCCAGCAAGAGGUACUUCUAAGGGGCUUCAUCCAGCCCCUCCCACUGUCCCUUGUCUCAGCAAGGGCCCAAUGCCCCCCUUUAAGUUGGGUGCCCGGUCAUUUGCUGGUCAGCUGUCUACUGCCUCGAUAUCCUAACUGGCUCCUCUGACCCCACCCACCCCACUCAGAACAGACGGAUUCCCCUAGAACAGCAUGUUUGCUGUCGAAUCCGGAUGGCCUAUCAGGGAAGGUACCAGCCAGCAGCCAGGAAACUGGAAAGCCGGCACUGCCACUGAAGGUGUGUGGUUUUGAGAAGAGUAGGGCCUUUCUGGUGUUCAGGGCUCCUUCAGUGGAAUCAACAGUCAGCCUCCCAGCUCUUCAAGGUCUUUCCAACUCUUGUAUUCUACAGUUCUGUCACUCCUCUGUUCAAGAACCUUCAGGGGCCUCCCUCCUACAGAUAAAGCCUGAACUCCUUGGGCUAGCAGCGGCCUUCAAGGCCACGCAGAACCUGACCCUGAACCACCUUCUAGGCCCUUCCUGAUGACCUCCCCCACUGACACCCUCGCCCAAGGCAGCCAGCUUUCGUAUCAUUGCUUCAAAUGCUCUAAGCGCACGCCGUCUGUUCACCUUGGCUCCUGCCGCUCUGCCUGCAGGGGUGCGCUUGCUCCAUCUCCACUGUCUGCCUCUUUCAUGGAGCCCUUCCUAACCUCUCAGGUCCCAGCCCCAGCUUGAAGUGAGUUCCUCCUCAGGAAUGCUAAAUCUCUGGGUAGACAAUUCAUUCAGCCCUUAGGAGUCACUGCCUGGGCAUCCAAUGAGACGAAGCUCUCCAGAUGGGUAAGCAAUGCCCCACGACGUUAAUGAGCUUCCAUCCGAGAACAUGGGUCCAUGGCAUAUGCUUGCAAGCCCUGCGGGCCCAGAUCACAAGGGGUUGUCACAUGCAGGAUACCUCAGAGGUUAUGAAGGAUUUGCACACCAUCACCUCAGGUCAUCCUCAAAGCCACUCUGAGGAGCCGCCCUGGCGCAAGGGGGAUUCCUGAUGGCCUGUCUGGGGCCCGUCAACUUAGCAGUAGUCACCUGUGCCAGUCCUGGGCCACGCACGGCCCUUCUGCCGCCGGGUCCAGUCUUUUCCCUCUGGGAGCCUCCCUGGGGGAAGGGGAGGCAAGCCAACUCGUGAGUUAGGAGCCCCAAGCCGGCUCAGCGAGUGCCACCCAGAAGAAAUGACGGGCAUAGCCGCUGCCAGAGAUGAGCCCUAGCCCUGCUCCCGGGAGAGGACAAGUCAGGGACCCGAGCUGUCACCCCUCCCGGCAGACUCCUCAUCUGUAUCGUGGGAAUGCCCUGGCUGGGGCAGCAGGAGAAUUACAGGAGCCAGGCCCCCCGUGAGCCCCAGAGAGCGAUGGGAGCCAGAGCAGCAUCAAUCACAGAGAACAGCGUGUCGGGAGUAGACAAGCGCUUACAACUCAAGUGGCCAUUCCCUCGUUCUACCCAGGAAGGAAGGUAAUUUCAGAAGGGGGAGUAAGCAGCGAAGCAGAGAGGAGCAAAGCUAGCCUAGCACCUAGCGCCGCGCACCCCCACCCAACCCCGAGUCACUAACUUCUCUCCCACCUGAACCCAGGGAGGGCCCACCUGGGGACACUGGAGCAGGUGCACCAGCCCGAGCCAACCCAGCAAUCUCUCUGGGCCUUUGACCUCCACUGUUGACUUCCACCCAGAGCACACAAGCAUUUUUAGUUCCCAAGGAAUGUAAAGCAGCCACGAGAAGUUAGGACGGAGUUGCUACUUUAAAACAAACACAGGGCUUUCUACAUAAGGACCAGACAGCCACUGGCCACCACCCCACCAGAAGCCUCAGGUAGGCACUCUCUCUACUCUUGUGUGUGGGCUCACGGGCUUAACUUAUCCUGACCGUGGGCCAUUCACAGGCCCAUCUGAACCAAGGGGCCUGCCAGACACCAUGCCCUCCCUGGGGACCCUGUGCAGCCUGCUGCUCUUCAGCAUGCUCUGGAUGGACUUGGCCUUGGCGGGCUCCAGCUUCCUGAGCCCUGAACACCAGAAAGUCCAGCAGAGAAAGGAGUCCAAGAAGCCGCCAGCCAAACUGCAGCCUCGAGCUCUCGAAGGCUCACUCCGCCCAGAAGAUACAAGUCAAGUGGAAGGAGCAGAGGAUGAGCUGGAGAUCCGGUUCAACACUCCCUUUGAUGUUGGAAUCAAGCUGUCUGGGGCUCAGUACCACCAGCAUGGCCAGGCGCUGGGGAAGUUUCUUCAAGACAUCCUCUGGGAAGAGGCCAACGAGGCCCUGGCAGAUGAAUGAUCAGCCACAAGAUCAGCCCCGCCUAUGUGUCCCGCAACCUUGGCGGCACUCACCUGCUUGUACACUGCUUCUGCAACAGCUCCCAGCUCUGAGUGGUAGACUAGCUUCAGAGGUGAAUAAACAUUCAAAUC